AUGAAAUUUGCGGAAAAAGAGAAAACUGACGCCGAAGGUCCGAUGAAAAAUCUGAUUACUGAACUGCGUGUUGACAACGGUAUUGCACUUGCUAAGAAUCGCUUGCACCAAGCAGAACGCUUAAUUGGUGCCACCGCUCAGUUGGAAAACUUCGAUAUCUGGCUGGGUUUUGUGCUCAUUUUGCUAAAUUCGACGGUGUUUGGCUGGGUUUUUCGACAGACUGCUAUGUCUGAGUUGAAAGAAGAUGAAGUGAAACGUGAGGAAUUUGAAAAAGAUCUGGAAGAAGCAAAAAAACGUCAAAAAGAUGUUUUAACGGUACAAAAAAAUCGGAAAGAUGAACAGAAACAGCUGCAGAAUCGACGUGGAAGGGAUUUGAGCUUGUUUGCCACAGUUGUUCUGAUAGCGGUCACUUUUCAGUUGCAUUUCAGAGAAUUCGAGAAAGCCCAGGAGAUUGCUGACUUGGAAAAAUUGCCAGAGAGAUCGAAAGCCAAGCUCGAGGAGUAUCGAGAGAUUUUAAGCGGAAUCGAUGAUGAGAUUGCCGAAAAGCAAGCGAAGGUUGAUUCCCGGCUGAAGCUGCUGCAGGACAAAACGGCGGAGUUUCAUGAGCCGAAAAAAGCACUGGAAGAG